GCUAGCUGCUGGGCGACGCAGAGAAAUGAGAUGGUGACGUUGGUGAGAUGGCGGCCGCGGUGCCCUUGAUAGUUCGAAGAGGCUGAGGGUAUGGUGGCGGUACGGGUCCGCUCGGGGCUGCUCUCCGCCUCGCGCUCUCUGGGCGCGGAAACGUCACGAGGUCACCCACCAUCAGGAUCUUAUGGAGGCCAUUUGGAUUCUCAAGAAGACUUCUCAAAGUGGAAAGCUGUAGAGUAACUGAAGCAGAAUCAUUGAGUCCACUAGCUUGGGCAUCACUGAUACAGAAGCUUAGCAGAGCACCUGGUAUUUUCUUGUUGGAUCAAAGAAAAAGAUUCUCAACCAUGCCUGAAACAGAAACAAAUCAGAGAGACUCUGAAUUGUUUUCACCCCCCUCUGAUGUUCGAGGAAUGACAGAACUUGAUAGAACAGCUUUUAAAAAGACAAUCACCAUCCCGGUGCUUAAAGUGAGGAAAGAAAUAGUCAAUAAAUUGAUGCGAUCCCUUAAAAGGGCAGCACUGCAGCGCCCAGGCAUAAAACGUGUGAUUGAAGAUCCAGAAGAUGAAGAAAGUAGACUAAUUAUGUUGGAUCCUUAUAAAAUGUUUACUGAUGAUUCCUUUGAGAAGGGAGAACUCAGUAUUUUAAAGCAGCUGAAUGUCAGUCCACAGAUAUCUAAAUAUAACUUGGAACUAACUUAUGAAAACUUUAAGUCAGAAGAAAUCUUGAAAGCUGUGCUUCCUGAAGGUCAAGAUGUGACUUCAGGGUUUAGCAGAGUUGGACAUAUUGCCCACCUGAACCUUCGAGAUCAUCAACUGCCUUACAAGCAUUUAAUUGGCCAAGUUAUGAUUGACAAAAAUCCAGGAAUCACCUCAGUGGUAAAUAAAAUUAAUAACAUUGAUAAUACCUACCGAAAUUUCCAAAUGGAAGUGCUAUCUGGAGAGGAGAAUAUGAUGACCAAGGUUCGAGAGAACAACUACACUUAUGAAUUUGAUUUUUCAAAAGUCUAUUGGAAUCCUCGUCUCUCCACAGAACACAGCCGUAUCACAGAACUUCUCAAACCUGGGGAUGUCCUAUUUGAUGUUUUUGCUGGGGUUGGGCCCUUUGCCAUUCCAGUAGCAAAGAAAAACUGCACUGUAUUUGCCAAUGAUCUCAAUCCUGAAUCCCAUAAAUGGUUACUACACAAUUGUAAAUUAAAUAAAGUGGACCAAAAGGUGAAAGUCUUUAACUUGGAUGGGAAAGACUUCGUCCAAGGACCAGUCAGAGAAGAAUUAAUGCAGCAGCUGGGACCACUGUCAAAAGAAAGAAAACACUCUGUGCACAUUGUCAUGAACUUGCCAGCAAAGGCUAUUGAGUUUCUCAGUGCUUUCAAAUCACUCUUAGAUGGACAGCCAUGCGGCAGUGAGCUUUUUCCCAUUGUGCACUGUUACAGCUUUUCCAAAGAUGCUAAUCCUGCUAAGGAUGUUCAGCAACGAGCUGGAACUGUGUUAGGCAUCUCCCUGGAGGCAUGCAGUUCAGUUCACCUAGUAAGAAAUGUGGCCCCUAACAAGGAAAUGUUAUGCAUCACUUUUCGGAUUCCUGCUGCUAUACUUUACAAGAACCAGACCCUAAAUGGAGACAAUCAUGAAGAUCCACCUAUUAAACGCCAGAGGACAGAUAAAGACUUUUAGGAA